AUGACAGACAGGAUGAAGAGGUUUUUGGUUCUUCUGCUGAUCAUCCUGAAGGAAGCUGGCCCGACCGCAGCCUGCAGCAGCAGCUAUCCAUCAUACUAUGACUGCAGCGACAGAGUCCUCACCAGUGUUCCUCAAGACCUGCCGACAUACAUCACUUUCCUCAUCCUGUCUGGCAGCAACAUCACAACCGUGAGUCAGUCCGACUUCUCCAGGUACAGCAACCUGACACACAAGUUACUUGAACAUAACCAGAUCUCCUUAAUAAACAGCGGAGCGUUCUACAACUUAUCCAGGUUAUAUCAAAUGUACCUUUACAAUAACCAGCUAACGAGUCUCCGAACAGACAUAUUUGUGGGACUUGAAAACCUGUUCGAACUUAGCCUAGCUAACAACAACAUCCACAGUUUCGAGGCGGGAACCCUUAACGCCACCCCACAGCUUCAACGGCUUAAACUUCAGAACAACGACAUCAAGACUUUCCCAGUUGAGGCCCUAUCAAAUUUAAAUACGUCAACUUUGUCAAUCCUAAGGAUGAACCACAACCAGAUGGAGACUCUCCCAUCCGCGGCAUAUGACAUCCUGGCCUCCAUCUCAUAUUAUGUAGACAUCAGCAACAACCCCUGGCAGUGUGACUGCAGGAUGCUUCCCUUCAAGCUAAGGAUGAACGGUUCCUAUCCAUUUGAAGACCAGAUCACCUGUGCCGGACCUGCUAACCUUACAGGGAAAAGCCUGUUACUCGCUGUAGAGGCUGAAGAUCUGGUCUGUGAAGAAACCACCACUACUGGGUUCUCAGUCCACACUACACCUUCCGGUGGAUCAUCGACCCCUUCCGAAGAAUUCUCCCUUCUCAUCGGCGUCCUUUGCGGGGUGGCCGGAGUCGUUCUCGUCUCGGCCGUUUCCCUGACGAUCUGGUGCCGAAUCGCUCGCAAAACCAGCUUCACACCUGACGUUACCGAACUUACCGACUGUGCUGCCCCCCAUCCCUAA